AAUACAUUGUUUAUUUUAUUUUUAUUUGAUUACCUUCUUCAACCAACUGUCACCUGUCACAGCGGAUAAAUUUAAGACUCACCAUAAAAUUUUUUCUUUCUUUUCAGGAAUUUAUGAAAUUUACAUAACCUUUUCACGGUAUUACUAAACAUAUAUAUAUAACGAAAGCUAUCCCGAGCGAUUCAAUCAACGUCAGGCCACCGAUAUUGUCAAUAAAUAUAAAGAGCCAACACUAUCGAAUCCUUCCAGCUAGUCCGAUUUGAAAUCUCAUCCAAAAGCAAACCCCAUCUCAGUCACGCACUUGACCGAAAAAACUAUCUGACUGUAUUUGUGACUGUUAUUUAUAUCUCCACUUUCCAAGUACCGACAAAUUUAUGUUGAUUUUCAUGUCAAAGAACACUUACCCAAUAUUGAUUUGUUAAAAGCUGUUUAUAAGAACGUUCUUCAUUUUACGUGAUAAUUCCAUAGUAUCUACACAGCAAACAAAUGGUACAAUGUUUUUUUUCUCUCUUGGUUUAAUUCAUGACACAGCUAAGGCUACCUCUGGUAGCGGCAAUAGCGCCAGUGCCGUUGCAACCAAAAGUUUCACCGCCCCAAAUUCCAAAACAUUUGGUCUCUUAGCGACGAAGAACUUAUUGGGGUUAAAAGUCAAUGUGUUCAAAUUUUUAAACAAUUUGAUCUUCAAGGGCACUACCAAUCUUGAUGCGAACGGAUUAUUUCCGCCAUUAUUUAAGUCGACAAUCGUUAACUUAUCCAACCAAAAGAAUCAGUGCAGAUUACCAGUUAAUUGCGCGGCCGACGACUUGGAAUUAAGUUUGGGUGGUGCGAACGACCAAAUCGAAUUUUUCAAUAAUAUCAUUCUUAACGGCGUGGGAGGAGUUUCCGAUUUCAAUUCGAGCUCUGCACUCUCGAAUACGCCUAACAGUGGGAACUUUGGAAACGGAUCCAACAAUUUCUAUGGCACCGGACUCGACUCCAACGAACUCCCAGAAUUUGACGAUUUUUACGAGGCUCAUAGCCACCACAACACACACACUCUCGGUGGGCACUCUAGUCAGUUUGGCAAGUUCAAGAAUGAAGGCGACGAGUUGUUUGCUGGCAAGUCUAUGAACUUCACUGUUCCAUUACCUCAAUCUUUCCAUCACCACCAGAUUGCUCACAACCACCAGGAGUUCAUCGAAGUCAACAAAGCUAACAUUACGUUGAUACCAAAUGCUUCUCUUUCGUUGUCCAAAAGCUACCUGAAUUCCAACAAUGGCUCGUACCACAACAGUGGCGACGACUACUUGAAGCUGAUGAACGUCGUCGGUUUGUCUAACGACUCGCCAUACUUCAAUGACUUCAUGCACAAUGAAGGAAGACAAAGUCAGGCACAAGACGAUUACUUUUCAUCGUCUGUUUCUUCCAGCGAAAGUUACAUCAGUCCUUUGGAUGAUGAAUUUUUCAAGAAGUUCAAUAGUGUUGAAAACACUGAUCAGUUGAGAAUGAACAGCACAACUAGCUCAUUCUCCAAUGUGGACGUUUUAUUUGAUGACGAGGACGAUGUCUUUGCCGCAGUGGACGAUUCUGCAAACAGAAAGAGAAAAAUUGAAUCCAUCAGCUCUGGUUCAUCUGUUGCAUCGGUAGUAUCUGCUUACAACAUGGAUGAAGAGCAAUUUUUGAACAAUACCUCUUCCUCUUUGCAAGCUUUGUAUACUCAAGCUCAAUCUAAAAAUCUCUACAAGAUUCCUCCAAAGAAGUACAGAAAAUCUUUCAGCAAGGAAAAGGUAGCUUCAAGGCAAGAGAAAAAAUCUAAAUUGACUUCUACCUUGACCACCACCACCAAUCCUUCUCAAACCAACGAACCAGUUGGAUAUGACACCCGCAAUAACAGUGUAGUAUCUUUGACUUCUACAAUUAGUGAGCGCAGAAAGUCAGUCCGUUCCGCAGCAGACCCUUCUUUGCCUCACGAAUGUCCGCACUGUGAUGCAGCAUUCAAAGUGAAGGGUUAUUUGACUCGUCACUUGAAGAAGCAUAGUCCAGCUAAGGCAUUCGUGUGCCCAUUCUUUCAAGAACCAUGCGACGGAAACUCUGGAACUAAGUGCCAUCCAACAGGUGGUUUCUCUCGUAGAGACACGUUUAAGACACACUUGAAAGCACUCCACUUCAUCUACCCUCCAGGCACUAAGUCUAAUGAAAGAAGUAGUAUCAGUGGUAGAUGUGCUGGUUGCUUCAUGUAUUUCGAGAAUAAUUUUGUUUGGUUAGCUAGACAUAUUGAGUCUGGUGAAUGCAAGGGUACAGUACAACGCAAAUUACAAGCACACAAAGAACAAGUUGUUACAAAGGAAGUUGAGGUCGUUAAAGUUAAGAGUGAAUACGAAGAUACAGAUUUGCUUAAAGAGGACUUUGAUGAAUCGUCUCACUUUGUUAAAAAAGAAUUACUUGAUUAAUCAUUGUGUGUUCGACUUGAUACAGCUGGUCUGAAUUCUUGAAACUUGUUGGUGCUACAAUUACAAUUACUUCAAACAAGUUCCAAAUUGCAUAUUUGUUUUUAGUUGUCCUGUUUGUUUGCUUUCCUUCAUCACUUGCAUAAUUUCAAUUCAUUGGGUGAGCAAAGGGUAUAGUUGAUAUUACUCUUAAUUUCUCGACUCUGAAGAAUGGGUUCACUGUUCUUAAUUUUUGGUGAUUGCCUCGAACUGUUUAACCUUGGAUGUUUUUGAUCCUAUACUUUCAUUUCGCUGUGAAAAUAUUUCCAAAUGGUCUUGAUUUGGAUAUGUUCUGAGAAUUAUUUCUAUUUUACUUCAUAUGAUGACCUUUUCAUUUUUUAUGUAUGAUCUUUUCAAUAUUUAUUAAUUUUAACAAUAUAUGGGUAAUUUAAAUU